AUGGGCAAGCUCUCUGCCCCCAUCAUUAACGAGGCCGACAAAUACUCAGACAAAGCUGUCCCGCUCCACCAAUACGGCCAAUAUCUCAUGUCCUGCCUCCCCAAGUAUAUCCAACAAUUCUCCGUCUGGAAAGAUGAGUUGUGCAUUUACAUCUGUCCGACCGGCGUCAUCCCUGUUUUCACCUUUUUGAAAUACCACACCGCGGCAGAAUACACCAUGGUCGCAGAUAUCACUGCAGUGGACUUCCCUACCAAAAACUAUCGAUUCGAGGUCGUCUACAACCUUCUCAGCGUACGCCAUAAUUCGAGGAUACGGGUGAAAACGUACGCAGACGAAGCCACUCCAGUCCCGUCGAUCACAUCGCUUUACGAUGGCGCCAAUUGGUAUGAGAGGGAGGUAUAUGAUAUGUUUGGGGUUUUCUUCACAGGCCAUCCUGACCUCCGACGAAUAAUGACCGACUACGGAUUCGAUGGACACCCAUUGCGCAAGGACUUCCCGUUGACGGGAUACACCGAAAUCAGAUAUGAUGAAGAGAAGAAACGAAUCGUGGUGGAGCCUCUUGAGCUCACACAGGCAUUCCGAAACUUUGAAGGUGGUUCGAGCUCCUGGGAACAGGUGGGUGUUGGUGUGGAUAGAAAGCCGGAACAAUUCAAACUCCCCACCCCGAAACCCGAGGAGAAGAAAGAAGAAAAGAAGUAA